ACAAUUUAUAUUUGACAUUUUACAUAAUCAAUCAAUCCAACGUGAUCGGAGCAGAAUCACAUUGGAAGGAACUUGUAUACUUUCUAGAAUUUUCUGGAGUGCUGGAUAUAACUUUAAGCAAACAAUUUAUUAAUUCCUAGCUCCAUUAUUGUACUCAACAAAUGUGCUGAUACUGUAACUGUACUAUAUCUACCUAUCUACCUGCAAUUAUUAUAAUUUUAUUUUACUAAAGCAUAUUUACCAUGGCUAAAUGGGGCGAAGGAGAUCCCCGAUGGAUAGUCGAAGAAAGACCUGAUGCUACCAAUGUAAACAACUGGCACUGGACCGAAAGAGAUGCUAGUUCCUGGUCAAAAGAUAAACUUAAGCAAUUAUUUAUUGGCGCUGAAGUAAAGUCGAAUGGAGCGAGUAUUAAAGUUUACGAAAUUGAGAAAUGUGAGGGCGAGGCGUCUGCUAACAAUAGGAAAGGAAAGUUAAUUUUCUUUUAUGAAUGGGCUCUUGUACUGAAAUGGAAGGGCACAAUUGAUAAUAAUGAUGAAGUAUACGAAGGAAGUGUAACUAUUCCAAAUCUUUCUGAAGAAAAUGAGGUUGACGAAAUAGACAUUCAAGUUUCAAUAAAAGACAACUUGAUUGAAGCUGAGCCCCUGAAGGAAAUUAUGAAUAAGGAAGGGAAACCAAUUAUACGAGACUUAUUAAAUGGUUACGUAAAGAAUUUACACCUUGAGUUCUCGAAAGGUAUGAUUCUCCCUCCAAAAGAAGGGGGGACUGGAGAUAAAAUUAAAAAUUUAUCAAGUGGGUUUAAUAAGAAAGUAAGCAUGCAGCCUGUUGUGUCUAAUUCGGAAUCGAAAAGUAAAAUAUCAGACCUCACCACAAUAUCUGUAACUGAGAAGUUUCAAUGUAGAGCGAGAGAUUUGUAUGAUGCCUUAACGAGGAUAGAAAUGGUUACUGCAUUUACAAGAGGUCAAGUUAAGCUAGAACUUGUACCAGGUGGAUCAUUCGAAUUGUUCGGUGGUAACAUAAGUGGCAAUUUCGUUGAAUUGAUUCCAAAUGAAAAAAUUGUGCAGAAAUGGAGAUGCAAACAAUGGCCUUCUGAACAUUUUUCUACUGUUACCAUUAAGUUAGACCAGAAAAGUGACCACACUGUUUUACAUGUGGUACAAACCGACGUUCCUAGAUCUGAAGCUGAUGCUACCAAACAAAAUUGGGAGCGGUAUUACUGGAAUUCGAUCAAACAAACUUUUGGAUUUGGAGCUCUUCUACAUUAGCUUUAUUUAGCAAAUCAUCGAUUAGACAAAAAAUAAUUUAUUCUCCAAUUUUGGAUUAAGUUUUAAUUGAAAACCAGUUGUGAUAUUACCAUUUAUCGAAAUUAGCUUUUUGCAACACCUAGCUUAAUGAACAUUGUGCACACUUUUAAAUGCAACCAUUGUCAGUAAUUAGACCUAAUAUUCGUCCAUUAUGUCCUCUGUAAUUCAGCUGAAACAUUAAAAAAUAAUUGAAUCGUU